CCCAAAUCAGCCAAUCGCGGCAGGUCUCUCAGAUCUUGCCGCCUAAAAUUUCUCAAUGAGAAUUACGGCACGAAGAAAUUCUCAUGUGCUCCCGACUUAACAACAUCAAGACUAUUCCUGUCUGAGUUGUGCACGCGACUCGUGCCCGAUAACUGGCUUCGUUAAAAUGUCUCUGUUGUAAGUUGAUCGUACAAAUUGUGGACACAAAUCGCAACACACGAUCGUACACAAAAAACAGAAGUUUCUCACCGAAAAGGAUUUUCUCCCAUAUCUCGCGUGUCGAAUCGUCGAACAAUCAGAGAUAUAUAUACACAUGAGAUUGGCUGGUGUCAUUCCACAAACAGUAAUUAAAUACUAAUUAACUUUGUACGCGCUUUGUACUUAUGUUGUUGUGAAUUUUAUUUGUAUCUGCUCCUUGUUUGCGCACUUUAGCAGGAUGAGUGCCAGAUUGCUAAAAGAUCCCGCUACCGCGUCCAGUCGUAUAUUUGUGGGUCACUUGCAAACUGACGACGUUACGAAGCUGGAACUUGAGGAACAUUUCUCGAAAUACGGCAAUGUCAUAGCGUCUAUAAUAAACAGAGGCUUUGGAUUCGUUCAGUUUGAGGACGAGCACGCCGCUCAGAACGCCAUUAAGAAUGAAGACGGUGCAAUGUUCAAAGGCAGACGUAUAGAUGUGAGACCUGCGAAGAAAGACAACCAGUCCAACAGUGGGAACGCGGGCAACGCGAGUAUGAAACAAAUGAGCGGACCGAACAAUCAGUUUAAUCCGACAAAUGUUCCGUUCAGCAACACAAGUGACACGUUCGGUGGAAAUAAAGGAAACUUUUCGAGCGGAAAUGCAAGUUUCAACAUGAAUCAAGAUUUUGGAAACAACGACAACUUCGGUAACAACCAGCUAAAGGACAUGAAUCCCCAGACCAAGAGCGGCGGAAACUUUGACGAUGGGAAUCAACUUGGAAGUGAGCAGUUUAAUGGGAAACAAAAUAAUAAUAAUAAUAAUAAUAAUAACCACAACAACGGGAACGAUCAUUUUAAUAAUCCCAUGCAACCUCGCAAUCAAUUUAAUUUAGGUAAUUUAAAUCGUGGAAACGAUCAGUUUGCCGUUGGUCAUCAAAACAGAGGUCCUCCAAACAAUCAGUUUGGAAAUAACAAUCAGUUAGGAAAUCAGAACAGACUCGGAGGAGGAGGGAAUCAGAAUCGAAAUCAAAAUAACGCGGGGAAUAACAAUCAAAAUCAAAAUAGCGGAGCACCCGGCGCCCAGGGUGGUGGCGGCGGUCCUCCCCACCGAACAAGAGGAAGCAGAGGUGGUCGAAAUAGAAAUAAGAACAACCAAAACAAUCAAAACAUGAACAACAACAAUUUCAGAGAUCGUAGUCCCAUUAACAGAAAUAAUCGCAUAGAAGACAAGGUGAAUCCCAGAGACUGGGAACUCAAGCAGGGUGAUAGUAGAUUGCGUGGCAACACAUUCGCUAGAGAUUCGUUCGGCGACAGCGGGAAUCGUUUCGACGACUUCAAAGCUUCCACCACCAGAGACACCAACACGAGUUUCGGAAACGCCAGCGCAACGUCCGAUUACCUUGGGGCUGCAGCUGAGAAGAACGACUGUGAAAUCAUAGUUGUCAACAAAGCGUUAACGAAAUACGCGGAAGAGAUUGAGUUGCGGUUGAAACAGAUAGGUCUGUUGGUGGAUCUGCUCUUUCCAAAUGAGGACGUUCCUUUGGGUCGCGUAUUGGGAAAUAUCGCGAGCCGUGGCUGUUUGUACGCCGUGGUUGUUACGCCGAUCAAUCACGAACAUCAUUCCCUGACACUGAACAUCUUGCACGGUUUGCCACAAGAACACAGAAACAUGCCCGUUGAAGACGCCAUAAAUUUGAUUUCCCGAGACUUCGCGAACUACAAAGCGGGGGGCAGUCGUUCCAUUCCUCUUAACACACCUCUGGCGAACGAGCGCCAUCCGGACGCCAUACAAGUUCUGUUAAAUAUAUUGGCCGACAAUCAUCAGCUCACGGUUCUGCAAUACGACCGUGUGAUCAAGUACCUCGAGAUGAGACGUGAGGAACAAGUCCAGGUCGAAUUGGGCGACGUCAAGGAUUUGCCGGUAACGACGCCGCUCGCGCCGCCCAACGAUCCGAAACAGGCCGAGUUGCAGACGAGGAUAUUGAAUAUUUUGAACAACAGCAAAACGAGCUCGUCGGCAACGUCAGAUCCGAGCCCCGUCCCACCACCGGUCUCAGCGCCAGCUCCUGUACCUCCGGCUACUUGGGGAACUGCAUCGAGCACUGCCACGACGUCGUCGAUGACGAAUUCCACAACGGGGGUAUCGCCGUCGCCUCUUCUGAACGAUCCCACGGUACAAAAAGCCCUCGACAGUCUGUUGCAAGGGAAUCUGUUGAAAAGUAUUGGCGAUCAACAACAGCCGGCCCCGGGCGGAGCGCAGCCGUUGUUCGCCGCUUUUCCGAACAUCGGUAGAUUUUAAUUUCGCGCGGAAAUAAAAUUUAUCGACGUUUUUUACGACGUCUCAUCUCAUUUGUAAGAUUUAGAAUAUUUGAUACUCUGUUCUUCUCGCACUUACUAAAGAAGCCGAAUCCUGCCCUCCUCCGGGCAGGCAGGAAAGAGACAAAAAGCGCAGCGAUAAUAUUUUAGUACCAUUGUAUAUUAAUCGUGUAAUUGUAUUAUAUAUAUAAAUGUCAUUGAAUUAAAAAAAACAUUGCAGUUAGUGAGAGUUCAGACAAAAAAAAAAAAGAAACAAAAAAGAAAAAAAAAAAAAGAAAAAAAUGUAGCACAAUUACAUUUGUUAAAUUUACGCGAUUACUGUUAACGCCUAUGGUUUAUGGUAGUUAGAUGUAUUUAUAAGUAGUAUUAUAAAAUACACGCAAACACACACACACACACACACAUAUACACACGGUAUAUGUUUAAGGUAUAUCUUUUAAUAAAUAUUGUACCACAACAACAGAGAGAAGCCUGAGAGAGCGGUCAUGAUGGGUGGAUUUUGCGCGUUCCCGCUCCGCGAGCGCC